AGGAGGAAGGCGUGCGAAGCCGCGCAGAGCGGGGCUGAGGCGGCGGGGAGCGAUGCUGCGCGGGCGGUGAGCGCCGAGCUGCCAUGGGCUGCGGGGGCAGCAGGGCGGAUGCCAUCGAACCCCGCUAUUACGAGAGCUGGACGCGGGAGACCGAGUCCACCUGGCUGACCAACACCGACUCGGAGAGCCCGGCGCAGGAGGGCGGCGGCGCCGAGCCCGGCGGGCGCCCCGAUUUCUGGGAAAGGAUUCAGGACUUUCUCGGCUUCUUUUUUAAUACCCUUAGUACUGUGUUUGAAUUCCCACCUGAUUCAUGGCAGAAGGUUUUGUUGGCACUGCAUACUUCAGGUAUUCGCGAGGAUGGAAAAUCAGCUCAGACAGGUGUAACUACAGCAUCAGCAACAGCUGGAAUGCUGAACACCGAAAAGAGGAACAAUGGUGGUCCUCAGUCUGUGAACCCCAUGGUCCAUGGCACGGGAGCUACAAUACAGAGACAAAAUGGCUUCAGAGCAGCAGAGAGUAAAUGGGACGCACAGAAAAUGUCUACAAAAGAAGUCACCAUUAAUGUUACAAAAAAUAUUAGACAAAGUGACAGAAGGAAAACAAAGAAUUGUGUCAAUUAACGAAGCAAAGUGCAGGUGAGGAUGGACCAGCAAUGCUUCGCAGCACUUCGGAUGUCAUCAGUCGCUGACAGUAUGAAGAUCUCCAGGUGUCCCAUGUUGAAUACAGCAGGCAGCUGCUGCUGAGUGCCUUCAGAUAUUUGUCUUGUAGAAACCACUUGCAGUCACUGUAGGAAGUUCAGAUGUCAUUUGUUUAGAGCAGUAGAACUGUGCAGACAUACACCAAAAUUCAUGCCAUUUGUUUUUUACUAAGUCUAACAUUAUGUACUUGUGUAUGCCCUGUUCUGCAUUGCUAUUAGAAUGAGGCUGGAUGAUGAGAGGUACAGUUCAUUGUGAUUUGGAACAGAAAAUGAACAAAUUAAUCUGCAUUUUCAGUCUAAGGGAUUUUGAGUAUGUAUAUGCAAACCCACAGAAGAGCUCCCUUUCAUAAAACUCAAAUCAGAAAUAUUGGAAAGAGACAUGGCUUCUAUAAAAUGUCUUCUAAACUAUAUAUAUAGUUUAUAUGUAGUUGUUACAUACUAUUCUUCUUACAUAUUUAUCUUUUAAUUACUUAGUUUUAAUUGGUUUUCUGUAUUGAGAGAAUUUAUGUCUUAAAAGCAGUAGCUUUCAUAUAUUGAUUAGUCUUACUCGAAGUUCCUAACCUUAGCUGGCACCUAGGGGUCUGUCUCCAUUAUUUCGUACAUGCCCCCUUUAAUUAUGUUGAGGCUAUACUGACUUGGAAAAAAAGUGAUCGUUAACAUUACAUCAAAAUAACUAUAAUUCUUAAAACAGUAUUCCAAUAACAGUUCCAGAAAUUAACUUUAUUUGAUCAGAUAUAUUUUAUUUGCUGUGCGGAACUUAUUUAAUUACAUUGUAAGCAUCGUGUAUUGUAGUACUCCAUGUUUCUCAUAAAUAUACAGCUAAAAGGAAUAUAAAUGUUUAGUUUAGAAAAGACCAGGAAUUAAUUCAACGUAUUACUUCACAAUAUAGAAGUAAUAAUAUAUAUUCUCUGUGAGUUUGUACUUUUGUGAAGAUAAAAGAUGUAAAUUUAUUUGCCUCCCCAUCAAGCAAUAUAUGAGUAUCCUUAGAGGGCCAUUUAAAAUAACUAUUCAAAAGUUGUUCAUAACAAACAGAUGACGUUGGGAAGAAAAUCCAUGUAUGAACUGCAAGAAGUCAUUUUUAACAUAGGCAAGUAAGUAUAAAUAGAAUUGUGGGACUGAAUCCUAAUUUAUUCCAUGUUAGGAUCAUUUUAAUAACUUGCUGCUAGGUGUGUGAGUCUUUAGUACUUUCGCUGGAGUACAACAACUCAGUGUAAUAGGGAAUUGUUUAUAGAUUAUUUCAGUACCAAGGCAAACUAAGUCCAGAGUCAGUGUGAAAUUUUUGCAUACAAUAGAAUAUGUAUAAGAAACAUUUAUUUUUAGAAGUCCUGAAAAGGAGCAAAGAACUUAUGCUAAGCUUUCCACAGGCCAAUAUGUUAUCUGGUAAGUGAUUUUGUGGUGCAGAGGAAAUAGAAAAAUACUGAGAAUAGUGUUGUAUGAAUAAGAAAAUGGCAGUCUGUAUGUCCUUCUAACUUGUGGCCCUCUGCCAACUUGCUGGCAACAUAGUAGGAGCGGAAGGUACUUGACUCACUCUAACAAUAGAUAGUGGCUGUAGCAGCACAGCAAUAUUAAUUUAGAAAUGGCUAAACAUUGUUGGUGGCCAUGUACUGACCUAACUGAAAGCACGCAUUUGGGAUUCUGCAUUAUUUGUGUAGAGCAGAAGAUGAACCAUUUCAGAUCUGUGCCAGGCUUGUAAUCGGCUUCUGUUUCAGAUUUACUGGCAGACAGAGUGCAAUAUAAGCUUAUGAGACAGGAGAGCUACAGGAAGCAAAUAAUGAUGCUGGUGUGUAAAAUGGUAGUAGAUUUUGAAGGAAGACAAAAGGUAAGUUUUUUUAUGUAAGAAGCUGUUCCACAGGUGGAUUGUGUGGAUGCCACAUUAGGAUAAGUAGAUGCACGAAUAAAGGAGUCCUGGCAGUGAGAUUAUUUACUAGCUAAGAAAUUGUUACGUAACAGUGUGCUGACCAGAUGCAUCUGAUGGCUUGGGUCACACAACAGAAGAAAGCCUGCAAUGCUGCAUAACGCAUCUGUUUGAGAAGCAGGGUUUGAGUCUCAUGUUCAGAGCGUCAGAUGUAACAGGAGAUGGUCUUGGUGCAUAAUGAUCUAGGCAGUACUACAGAACUUGCUUAUGUUGACCACAACUCCCAUAAGAGUGGCAGCUGUGGAAUCGUGAAGGCUGACUGACCUGGGUGACUCUUCCGUCUGCUCAUGAUAAAUUUCCUGAGCUACUUCAAGAUCCAAUAAACCGGUUUAUAUCAUGAAACUUAACUUUAGGGCAUUCAAAAACUGGACCCAACUUCUAUGGUACAAACCAAGUCUAGUUACAAGCAAUUUAAAAACCCUUCUCAUGUAACACCACAUUACUGUUAUUAUUCAUUAGGUGAUAACUGAAAAGAAAUUAUAUUAUGUCUUUAGUGGCUUCUUAGGUCUUGAUGCAUAAGCUUCAAAUGACCUUAAUAAAACUAAGAGCAUGUUGUGGAGAUGUGGAUCCUGCCUGUGUACAUAGAUAGGGUUAUAUUUAUGUUUUCUUCACUUUCCUUCUACUAGAGACAACCACCAGUAGAAAUGACCAAUUUGUUUAUGAAAGAACGUACCACUCUGUAUAAUUAGGAGUGACAGGAUCUAGUCUGUACUGCUCAAGACAAUUUAAAGUCUAAAAUCAGUGUCCUGUGCUGGUUUUAGUGGAAGAAGCAAGCUCAAAGAAUCAUCUGGACAUCUUCAUUCCAGAUGGACUCCCUAGAGUCUUAUUUACAGUGUUAGUUCUUCAAGUAGCAUAUUUCAAAUACAAACAGUUCAAAUACAGGAAUUAAAACAACCAUGUUAGGAGACACAAGCUUUUAUAUAAAGGACCUGCAGACAACUCUGUCUCCUUAUAUGACAGGAUUUUUUAAGUGUCAUUUUCCCCCAAAAGACGUUCUGCCACAUAAUCUGUCCAUUGGCUGCACAAGAGGAUUUCUAAAGCCACACUGAAACAACACACAAUUUCUGAUGAAAUGAUUUGUCAACAUUUGAUGAGUUUUUAUGAUUUGGUGAGUUUUUAUGAUUUACCUGUCAGGUUUUAGACAGAAAGAAACUCAUUUUGUCAUGUUUCCAAAAUUUCAACACACCACAUAGAUAGGAUUUUACUCUGAUACAUGCAUGCAAAUAAAAUACGUAUGCUUCCAAUAUAUGAGAAACUAAAUCAUUCAAAAAAGUGAACAUUAGAUAAAGGAGAGAAUUUACAGUUACCAAUAGACAUCAUUAGGCAAAUUUGUCUUCUCAAUAACACAGUGCAAUUUUAUCUUUCAGUAUUCCUUCACCUUGUCCCUUGUGCUUCCUUAAUGUGUUUCAUCAUUUCACCAUUACUAUAUGACACUGGAAGACACAAUUUUACUGCGUGACAGAAUUUAUUUUAAUGGAAAAAAUAAGAGUAUAAUUGUUGUGUAAGCAAUAUAUGAGUACUGGCUUAAACAUGCCUUCUUGCUAGCUUAAUGGCUAAGAUCACAUACAAAACAGAAAACAUACUUUUUAUCUUCCUAGUAUGUUUAUACACACAUAAAUUCAUAUGCACAUGUAUCUGUGUGUGUACAGUGUAAUGUCCUUAGUGUGUAUUUCUGUUCUGCAGUUCAGGCAUGGGGUUUUGUGAACCUUUUAGUUGUGUUUUUAAGUCUGACAACCAAGUAUAAAAUGUUUUACUAUUUGAACUGAAAUCUGUUUUACAUGCUUUAUGAAAAGAAUGAGCUAUAUAAUUCACGCACAGAAAUUGUGUUUGAAAAGGCAGGUUUAGUAUUUUGGAAAUAAUAUCUCAAUUCAAAGUCAACUAAAGGGACCAUUUUUGUACUCUCAUUUUAUCUGGAAAUUAUUGAAGAAUGAACU